AUGCACCUUCUCCGACUACCAAACGAGCUCCUACAAUUGGUCGCAGGCAACCUGUCCACGGACGCAGACCUGAACGCUUUAAUCCAAACCCAUAGUCGCUUUUACCACCUGCUACAAACGUAUUUGUUCGAGCACAAUGUCCGUUAUGGCGAAAGCUCUGCCCUCGUCUGGGCCGCAGCACUUGGCCAUAUAGAGAUAGCAAAAAGGGCACUUCGAGCGAAAGCAGAUGCCAACACCCUUGGCCCUCUCCACCGUUCUCUCUUCGGUCUCAACUUGCGUACUUGUCCGAGCAUCGUCUUGCCUGCCGAUCAUGUGUGGGAAGGGCACUUCCCCGACCGUCGGCGCAGGUCAACGCCGAUCAUGCUUGCGGCAGUGUGUGGACAUAAGGAGAUCGUUGAGCUUUUGGUCCAUCACGGCGCCGACAUCAAUCGCGAAGUCGGUGUUUGCACCCCUGUCCUCGGAGCGAUAGCACAUGCGCAUGCUGAUGUUGUGGAGUACUUACUGAUCACUGGUGCUGAUCUGGAUGUCAUCCUGCAAGGUUUCUGGUGGUAUAAUCCCCUCGAACUCGCAGCGCAUGAAGGACAUGUGGAGGUGGUGAAUGUACUGCUUCGGCAUGGUGUUGAUCCCAACAAGUCCUCACCACUCGCGCUUGCGGCAGCAAUGGGCAGAGUGGAGGCGGCGCGUGCCCUACUUGAAGGGGGAGCAAGCAUCGAGGAAAGAAGUACUAAUAAUCAUAUGGAUGCAUUCUUUAAUGCAGUGGAUAGAAAUGAAGCAACGAUAGUCGGCUUGUUGAUCGACUAUGGGGCGAGCCUUGAACGCAGAGAUGACGACGACAUGACUCCCCUCGCAUUUGCCGCUCGAUGGAAAAGUGUUAAAGCUGCUGAGGUACUUCUUCAUCAUGGUGCCAACGUCAACGCCUUGGUACAUGGCUCCACGGCGUUAUCUUUCGCGAUUGAAGAAGGAAAUGUGUCGGCGGUGAAACUACUGCUUGAGAACGGUGCUGAUUUAACCAUAACGAACGAGCCGUUUCUUUUAGGAGUACUUAAGAGAAGUCACGAUCAGAAGGUGGACACCGCAAUAGUCGAGCUGCUACUAAGUCACAAGGCCGAUCCUAACUGCUGUGACCAGAAAGGGAGGACGCCGUUGUUCCUUGCGACAGUUAAACAUAAUCUCGACAUCAUGAGGUUAUUGCUUGCGCACGGAGCCAAUCCAAACCGAGAAGACGAGGAAAUUGAUUUAUUAUCGUGGGCCUUUCUGAAAGGCCAUGAAGACGUAGUGAAGCUGUUACUCGCUUAUGGCGCCAGGGAAUCAUGGGUCAGAGGCGAUCACACCAUGAGACUCUGA